AAUAAGACCAAAGGAACAGCCUAUUUUAUUUGAACAAUUUAUGUCCUCAGAUUCUUGGAAUCAGCCAUGGAAAACAUCUGUUUCCUGUUCGUCUACUUUGGUUGAACCUCAAGCGCCCGCUGUUGUUGCAAGUGCUGGACAAUUCCUUGCUUCACAAUCUUCUCCGUUGUCUCCCUCUGACGGCUCAGCCAUCAGCAGACCCAACCAGCAAAACCAAGUAUCAAACACCCUGUGCAUUUCAAUAUCUUCGUGGCUCAGAGAAGCUUCGCAGAAACGGAUAUGUCCUCAACACUCCCUACGCAUUUGAAAUUGAGACCACCCAUCCAUCCAAUCAAUAUCUUGGGAACCCAUAAUAACGUUGUUAGAGUUAAAUCGAGAAAUCGCACUCUUCAUACCCGUCUCAAAGUUCACUUCUCUGUACACCGGAGGUUUAGCUCUCGGCUUUCAUUGCUCUCAAGGGCCAGCAGUGAUGGAGAGAGUGAUACCCCUACAACCACUACUCGGGAGUCAUCAUCUCCUGCCACAGGAGAUAGCCUGCCCAACAUCGGAGAUGGUUAUGUUUCAUUGUUCAUCCGGAUGUUGGGUUUAGACAAUGAUCCUCUUGAUAGAGAGAGUGCUAUAGUUGCCUUAUGGAAGUAUUCGCUUGGAGGAAAGAAGUGUGUGGAUGCCAUAAUGCAGUUUCCAGGUUCUUUGAAUCUCACAGUGAAUCUUCUCAGGUCGGAAUCUGAUUGUGCAUGUGAAGCAGCGGCUGGCUUAUUGAGGAUGGUGUCCUCAAUUAAUGUAUACAGGGAUUUUGUGGCAGAAAGUGGCGCAAUAGAGGAGAUAACUGGCCUAUUGGGGCGAUCUUCAGUAUAUCCAGAUGUGAAGGAGCAAAGCAUUUGUGCGUUGUGGAAUUUCACUGUGGAUGAGAAAUACAGGAUAAAAAUUGCUAAUUCUGAUCUGCUUCAUAUAUUAAUAACGUUACUGGAGGAUGACGAUGUGAGGGUGAAAGAGGCGGCUGGAGGGGUUUUGGCAAAUUUGACGCUAACAAGUUCUAAUCACAAAAUUAUGGUCGAAGCUGGAGUCAUCCCAAAACUGGCCACACUUUUGAAAACAGAAGUUAAGGGAUCUAAGGUGGUUAGGAAAGAAGCAAGAAUUGCAUUGUUGGAACUUGCUAAAGAUGAGUACAAUAAAAUUCUUGUAAUGGAGGAGGGUCUACUUAUGGUCCCUUUGGUUGGUGCUGCUGCUUACAAGUCUUUUAAACCCACUUUGUAUUCAUGGCCGUCUUUUCCUGAUGGUACCCAAAUUGAGAAGAGACCAAAAAGCACUUCAAAAUAUGGUGCUUCAGAACUGCUUCUUGGACUGCAUGUCCUAGAUGACAAUGCAAACAUUGACGAAGCAAUGACAAAUGCAAUGGUUGGACAGGCUAGACAACAAUUUCUUGCUCGUAUAGGGGCCAUAGAGGUUGAAGAUAACAAGUCCAAUGAUGAAGUGCUAUCGUGUCGGUCUACUCUUUUGCCUUGGGUUGAUGGUGUAGCACGACUGGUUCUGAUUCUUGGUCUUGAAGAUGAAUCAGCUGUUGCAAGAGCUGCAGAGGCCAUUGCUGAUGCAUCCAUCACCGAACAUUUGCGUGUAUCCUUUAGAGCAGCUGGUGCUAUUAAUCAACUAACUAAGCUGAUCAAUCAUCCUAGUGACACUAUAAGAUGUGCUUCUGUUCGGGCUCUGGAAAGAUUAUCUGUCAGCAAUGCAGUUUGCCAAAGACUAGGAGAAGAAAACAUUUUGCACCCUUUGAUAAAUUUACUGAAUAACUUAGACGUGUCUAAUAACAUUAUAAAAAUGGUUGUUGAUAUUCUUAGUCGGGUUCUAGAUCCGAGCAAAGAAAUGAAAUCCAAGUUUUUUGAGGGGCCUAUCAACCUUUCAACAAAGGGAUUGGUGGAAAUAAGGAACAUGGAAUCUGGCGGAGAAGAGAAUGAGAAAGCUGUAUCAACCAAAAGCUUGAAAACACCCAAUGUGGUUGAACUUCUGGAUUCUUCUGUUAUUGCUCGCCUCAUUGAGAUCUUGAAGACAUCAUCUCCAGACAUGCAGAAAAAAGUUGCUUCCAUCCUUGAGUUUGUUUCAGUUGUUGAGGCGUGCACUGAAAAGAUAUUCUCAAUUGACAUGGAAUCUGGGUUAGAUGCCGUUUUUCAACAGGAAUGUUUGAAAGAGACGCGGUCAGAUUUUGAUGGAUGGAGGCCCGAACUGCAUGCUCUGGAAAUUGAAGAAGCUGGUUGUGCCAUAUCCGCAGCAUCCCGUCUACUCACCAGAUUGCUGGAAUUUGAGCAUUUCAGGCGCGUAAUAGAUGCAUCCCACUUCACUGAAUUGCUUCGAAGAGUCCUCAAGUCAAACAAUGUUCCUCUUCAUCACAAAGAGUGGGUCGCUGCUUGCCUCGUCAAACUCACCUCUCUAUCCAGACCCGGCCCCUAUUCUUCUUCAAGCUCUGAGAACCCAAUCGACAUGGAGGUAACUGUUUAUGAGACUAUCCCAAGACUGGUAGAACAGAUGCAAACCUCAUUUUCUCCUGAGGCUGCUGUUGUGGAGCUAAACAAGAUUAUAUCCAAAGGAGUGGUGGGUUCCACUCAAGCUCUCUCUGCCGCAGGAGGGAUAUUCCCCUUGGUGAGCAUCAUUGAGAGUGGGACUGAGAAAGCUGUGGAAGCUGGGCUAGCUGUAUUGUAUAAUCUAAGCAUGGACGCCGAAAACCACGCAGCCAUUGUUGCAGCUGGAGCAGUUCCAGUUUUAAGGAGGAUUGUGCUAUCACAGCGGCCUCAAUGGAUGCGUGCACUUCGUCUGCUUAGAAAUUUACCUACCUGAAAACUGUCAGAAUAUUUGGUGGAAUGCAGAGAAAGUACAUAAGAUAUGACGUGUAUUUGUUAGCUUGUAUUUUUACCCCAUUUGUACCUCACUAUAUGAGUGGCUCACAAAACCCCAACCCCACAAAAUAAUUGCCCCACUUAAUUCAUUGCUUUUUUCUAACCACAAAACUAGGGAGGGGUACAAAAUGGGGUAGGAUUUGGG